AUGCUGCAAGCGAGGCUUGUCGUAACAUUCUAUUGUGCAGUUUUACUCUUCGCGAAUGCACGAGAAACAUAUAGUGGAAAAAUACCGAUAGUUUUAUGGCAUGGGAUGGGGGAUACUUGCUGUUUUCCGUUUAGCUUGGGUGGUGUUAAAAAAUUCUUGGAAUCAGAAAUCGGUGUUUACGUAAAGUCUAUUGAAAUUGGAAACUCUAUCACAGAUGAUUUUAAGAGUGGUUAUUUAGUUCAUCCCAAUCAUCAGAUAGAAAUGGUUUGUGCAGAGUUGAGCAAAGACGCAAAACUGAGUAAUGGAUUUAAUGCAAUAGGGUUUUCUCAGGGAGGACAGUUCUUGCGUGGACUUGUGCAAAGAUGUUCAACUGUACGCAUCAGGAAUUUGAUUACAAUGGGUGGUCAGCAUCAAGGUGUGUUUGGUUUGCCAAACUGUCCCUCAUUGAGUAGUCGAACUUGUGAGCGUUUUCGUCAACUAUUAAACCACGCCGCUUACACGGAUGUGUUGCAAAAUUUUCUCGUUCAAGCAACCUAUUGGCACGAUCCACUCAAUGAAGCGAAAUAUAAAAAUGCUAGUACAUUUUUAGCGGAUAUUAAUAACGAACGAUACCUCAACAAGAACUAUGUUGAAAAUUUACUGAAACUUAACAAAUUUGUCAUGGUUCAAUUUAACAAAGACACAAUUGUGCAACCAUUGGAGUCUCAAUGGUUUGGUUAUUACAAACCAGGACAGGAUAAAGAAACACAGCCGCUCAACGAAACGAACCUAUAUAUCGAGGAUCGGCUCGGUCUGAAAAAGAUGUAUGAAGAAAGCAAAAUAGAGUUUCUUGAAUGCGAGGGAAACCAUCUUCAGUUCACAAAGGAAUGGUUCCGAAAAAAAUUGUUUAGAUUUUUGAUGUAG